GCAGCAAAAAAGGUACAUUCCAUUACUAAACAUGGCGCGGAGGACUUCCCGCAGGUAUUACACGAGAGCGCUCCCGGAAGUGAGGCUUGCUGAUAUAGCGGAAGUUCUUACCUAGUUCCGGUCUCUAGCCUUUGGGCCGCUGGGAAAGAUGACGAAGGGAACCUCGUCAUUCGGAAAGCGCCGCAACAAGACGCACUCAUUGUGCCGUCGCUGUGGCUCCAAGGCCUACCAUCUGCAGAAGUCCACCUGUGGCAAGUGUGGCUACCCAGCUAAGCGCAAGAGAAAGUAUAACUGGAGUGCCAAGGCCAAGAGGCGCAACACCACUGGAACAGGCCGUAUGAGGCACCUUAAGGUUGUCUACCGCAGAUUCAAGAAUGGAUUCCGUGAAGGCACAACACCCAAACCCAAGAGAGCCGCAGUUGCAGCUUCCAGUUCCUCCUAAAUCAAAUUGUUAAAAUAAAUGUGGUUAAAAAAUA